CUGGUCUAGCACGCGCGGCGUCCCAGCCAGCACGGGCCGCGUUCAGUCUGUGUGGAGUGGUCCAGAGAAGCAGUCUUGUUUGGUAUCUUUGCUAGCCGCCGACUCGUCCGCCCGGCCUGCCAGACAGUCGGAGAUAUCAAAGCGCGAACAAGACACGAACCUACGUCAUUAAGUUGGGAACAGAAGUUCGUGUGCUGGGGACAUCGCAAAUUUUUACGUUUCGUGCAGAACUGUUUAAAAAGUAGCCAAAGUUCACGAGCGGUUUAUAACAGCAAAUCUAUGGUGAACGACCGAUCGGUGUAAAGAAAAGUGGUUCAGACAUGAAGACUUCGCGAGAGAUUCACAAAUGGCAGACAUCCGCCGUGUAAAGCAUUGAAUUUGAGUUUUACGCAAUGCAUUUCUAUAUAACUAUCUUCUCUUUCGAGUGGAAAUACAUCAUUCGUGUUUCUUGUUAAAAUACAAUUUGUAGAACAGACUGAAACACGCUUAGUGCAGUAGUGAGACUAUGAAUUUUGACUGUUUCUUGACGUCUCACCAUCUACCGAGACGUAGUUGUAACCGGUUGCAACAGUGUGCACAGCGCCUCUUGAAAGUAUAUUUGUUACUGUUAUAAAACAUUUAUCAGCAGUGAAUUUUAGUGUAAUGAAGUAUCAUAAAGUGAAAGUUGUAAUGUGAAUGGUUAUAUUAACCCAAACUGCUGUUUAUAUAUUUACUAUUAUUAUCAAGCUUUUAUCUAGAACGGCGGCAUCCGGGAACAAAAUAAAAAGAGUACGUUUAAACUAUUAGCAAUGGAAGGAUAUGGUUUGUUUAACUAGACUGCCUCCGUCGCAGCAGUAGUGCGGCAAAGUUUCUAUAACACAAGUCGAAAAUGAGACUUUCGCGUGAUCCGGUGUAAACCUGCCAACUACCUGGUAUUUAUUUUUCAAAUUAGUAUCAUAUUUUUUAUCACGUUCAUUAUCGAGGAAAAAUAAGUACAACUAAAGAACCUUUAUAGGUGACGCAGUAAUUACUCUGCUCUUCUUAAUAUUCCAGUGUGGAAUUUGAAUUAACACUCCCCACACACGAGCAGCGUUAUUCUUAAUGUGUGCAGUAAGUAGAAUCGCUUUCCUAUUCUGCGGCGUGACGAUAUUGUAUUUUUUGUUUGUGGCGCAUAACACUCAAACGUCAGAAAGUGCAACGUGAAAUACUAGACGUGAGUUGGAGUGAACUACCGUAAAUCUUCAGGAGCUGUAGAGUGCUCGUGGACAGUAUCGCAGACACGCAUCUACUGGCAACAGCAAAGCUGCAAGUGAAUUCAGUUGAAGUGUGCAGUUACUUAGCUCCUCAUGCUUACGAGAAAGUGAGUUCAGGGGCAGAGUUGACGACGAUGAACUCCCUGACUCGUCUGCCCUCGCUGUCUGUUGCGACGGCCGUCCGGACAUCUGUGUUGUUUACACCGAUGAGUGGGAAGGAGCAUACCGACCCCAAUAAUAAUGCGGGGGUCUCCGUCGCAAGUCCAGACAAACAUGAACACGAACCUCCACCGGCACCAAAGCGCGGUGACAAGUAUUCCCUGAGACCUCGCUCACUGCAGAAACGGGCGGAGACGGAACAGCGGGGCCGGGCCGCCGCCAACACCAGGUCUAAAAGAGGUGAAGGUACUUCAGGUGCGACCAGGCCGAAACAGAAGCCUCCGCCGCUCAGCAAAUAUCGGCGAAAGACAGCGAACGCCCGUGAGAGGGACCGCAUGCGGGAGAUCAACGCCGCCUUCGAGACGCUCCGUCGCGCUGUGCCUCACAUCUCAACAUCCGCUCACCAUAAUCAACAUGACAGCAACGGCAGCGAGAAGCUCACCAAGAUCACCACUCUCAGAUUAGCCAUGAAAUACAUCGCCGCCCUGAGCCAGGCGCUCCAGCAGUCCGACGCCAUCCUGCAGAUGUCCGAAGUUCGAGUCCCAGCACUGCCGCCUCCGAGCUCUAUUAGCAGCAGUAGUAGUAGCAGUAGUGGCAGUCUGCAACUCUUGUCAGAUGGGGAGUCGCUCACAUUUAGCGAACACUGCCUCACACCGCCAGAUCUGAGGCAGGAGAGUCUGACACCUCCAGACUUCACGCGGCAGUGCCUCACUCCUGCUGACCUUACGUCCCCAGACCUCAAUAGGCAUUGCCUAACUCCUCCAGAUCCUAGCCAACAAUGUCUCACACCCCCUGAGUUCAACAGGCGUUGUAUGACUCCACCGGAUCUGCGUCACCAGUGCCUAACUUCGACCGAUCUGAGCCAGCAUUGCUUGACGCCACCUCACUGCCUGACCCCUUCAGACUUCGCGGAUCAUUCCUUGACCGCUGCGGAUUUUGGCGAUUCCCUUACACCCCCAGACUUCAGCACGCAUUCGCUCGCAUCUCCUGAUUUUGGAGACCCGUGCCUCACACCUCCAGGGUUCAGCGACCUCACCCCGUGACAGUUUCGUGCAAGUUGCUUUAAUGGUGGCACCAGGGGCGCCGUUAUCACUGUGUUGGAGCCAGUUGGAGGCGAGUUGCUCCUGUUAGUGUGUUAUCUCUUACAUUUAGCAUCACACAUGUCACAAAUACUUUACAACAGCCGUCAAUACCUACAUCGCAAUAUAGUGGUUCCGUGAAGAUACAGUUGCUGUAUUCUGACGUCAGAAGUGCGUGGGUUGCUUCAGUUACAGUCGCCAGUGUCUCCAUAGGAAACGGAUAACUUCGUUUAUAAGUGAAAUUAUUGCAUUUACUUCAGAGCCUGUUUUGUUUUCUUUUUCUGACUAUAAUUUAAAUGUUGUAACUCAAUAACUUCGUCAAUUGUUAAAUCGGUUUGCAGUUGCAUUCCGAUUCUGCAUCGAUAUAUGGUUUGCAUUUUUAGGCCUGCUUCUCUGAUUCAUUUGCCCUGUUUUCUCUAUCCAAACUGGACAGCGGGACAAACGAACACAAGUGGCUUCAUCAAUGUAAGUCAUUCUGUGCGUCUCUCUUUAAAACCUGCCUUGGCACCUGAUAGUUGCAGGUCACAACAUUUCGAGUUUGUUACUGGAAAGGACAGAAGUCUCUGGUUUUGCAGUUUCGUCAUGUGUAAAAUAAUGUAAGAGUAAGUUAACAAAAUCUGCAACUGAUGGUCAAUUUUACCGUCAAAACAGACAGUAAUAGUAAAGAAAGUAAGACAUGGAAAAUGGUACUGGUUACUAAAAAACCAUGAUGAAGCAAAUAUAUGUUAAAGAGAAAAUGAAAACGUUUCUUCUACCCUUGUGGGAUGAUGGGCAUCAUUUAGUAAUGCAUUACGAAAUCUCUUACAGUGUAUUAUGUUAACACGUGUACUGUUUUCGACAAGGUUUUUGUGCAUUAAAGCAGACAAUAAGAUAGUCGUUUAAUUGUGCAGCUUAUUGCCACAUAUUUUAGUGACGCACUAAAGCAUAAGUAAUUAGUUACAAACAAAAGUUUCACUAUUACGCUAUUUUUGUUUCAUUAUACGUCAUAACAUGAAACAGCUGUUGCAGCAAAUAUCGGUCCUUUUCUGUUUUCAUUCGUUUCUGUUGGAAUAUUCAACAUCAGACAAGCGAGAAGCUGGAAUUAUAUCUGUAGAUAUAUGUCAUAUUAAUGCCACUCUUCUGUGAAGUGACUUUAUAUCCUCCCUGUGUUUGGUUUGUGGGGGGGGGUUAGGUGAUGUUCAUUUGUUUCUACAGGGGACGAUGUUGGAAUGAUUAACUUUACCUCGUGACAUAACAGGCGCGCUAAAUUUUUGGGUUCUUCAUUUCGAAUGCAAAAGCGACGUACGAGAACACGUCAUAUUUCGUAGGAAGUAACAGGCUAUGGAAUUCAGCUAUCUUCAAAAGAAUUCGCCAGUAGCAACGUCAAUUAUAACACUAGUCCGUGUUAUUGUGCAACUUGAUAGGCCUGUUAUGAUAUAAUUCUAAAACUAAACGAAUAGAAUUAUAUUUUGCUUAAUGUUAAUUACAAAGAACGUCUGCUUUCUGAAUUUGAGUCUCAUCAGAAUGGGUUUGUCCUCCCCUUGGCUGUAAGGGGCUGUCAUCACUUCAGUUUAGCUCGGAAAACAAACCAUCGCUCAGAGCCAAAACUGACUGUGAUUCUGUCUAUACGUAUUUGUGGGUGUAUUCUUAUAUUAUAUUAUAUUAUGAAUCAUCAGCUGAGAUUUACACUACGUCGGAACUCAUGCUUAGAAGCUUCUGAAGUCAAUCAGAAAUACUUAAGUUUAGUAAUAUUUAUGUUCAUUGUAGAUAUAAGAGAAAUUCAGUCCCAGAGAGAGUCCGUACCAGCCACUUAAUAGAAUAUAUAUUUGUUUCUUACGUUCGUAAAGUGUUUUAAAUGACGUGAUUCUUAGAACACGAUUUUACUUGUAAACAAUUCCACAGAAUUCUCUGCACAGAAAUUGUCUAAGUUCCAAAAGGAGCUUGCAUUAUUUAUUUUUAUAUACAAACUGUUAUUUUAGUUUCUUGCGAAAUUCUUCCAUUUCCUAAGGAAUACAUUCCCCCAGAGUUGACAGUAAGCUUGUUUUCCACUCUCGAAUGAGCGAUAUGAGGUAAUGUGGAAACCCGUAGAACGUUUACGGGACUUUUUUUAUACAUUUUGAUGACUGCUAACUGUAAACAGGCACAGCAUUCCCUAAUGAGGAUGUCACUGUUUGUUCUCAAUUAUCUUAACCUUAGAGAAAGCAUAAUUUUUUAUUCGUUUUCUUACUGUUAUUUUAUGAGAGAACGUGUUUUGUUGAUGUUAUAUAAACUAUUUAUUAGUUUUAAUGGUAAUACAUUAUAACACUUU